AUAACCUCUUUCAAAUCACUUCCGCAUUGCAAUUUUCAAAGAUUUCCCUUUGUUUUGUUCGAUUUACUCACCCUGUGUGAGCGCAAAUUCAAUCAGAUUUUGUCAGUCAGUUAAGUAACUACACAACAAGGACAAGGUUAAAUUUGCAUCUGAUAUGAAUAAUGAAAACGUGCUGUAGUGAUGGGUAAUAAACAGAGUGCUUCUGGUUCGGCUGGUGACAGGGAGGCCGGAUGGCUGGUGGUCGACAUAUUCCCUGAAGAUGCCAUCUCAUUCAAUCCAGCAUCCAGCUGUGUCUUGUGUGCAGGUAUUGGGGAACAAGGAGGCUUCACGGAAAAGAAGGCAAACCUUGGACCAGCAGCUGACCAAGAUUCGAUUGGCGUAGCAAAACUGUUCCAUAAAAAAUUCCACAUUCCAGAUGACCAAAUCAUCUUGCUCACCUCCAAGACGAUGCCGGCCACGAACAAAUCUAUAUUAUCAGCGCUCAAGCACCAAGCGGGCCAGGUGAAAGAAGACGGCAUUCUCGUCUUUCAAUUCUCAGGCCACGUUCUCCGUAUCGAAAAAAAAAACACGGUGGUGUUUCUUCCAGCAAAUUUCGAUGGGACUUCAAAAACUGUCAUAACUGUCCAAAAACUUCUCAGGGCGUUUCACAAAACCAAAGCCAAGUACGUUGUCAUGGUGAUGGAUUGUUGCUACGCCGGAGGCGUUGCCGAGGAGCUGGUGCUAAACAUUUCCGAUGAAGUCCCAACCUACAUUUUGGCAUCUUGUACUUCCACGCAAAAGUCGUUAUCCUUUAAUCAACUAGGAAAUGGAUUCUUUACGUACUUCUUCUUGAAGUUUUUCGACUCGUACCACAAGGCGACAUUUCCGUUGAAGGAGGUUGUGACGUACUGCAAGCCUCUUUGCAAUGCAAUAAACAAGUUGCUCCGACCUGGUUUUGACAGUGAGGCUAGCAUGAGCCCCAUGAUCUUAUGGAAUACCUACAAAAUCAAGUUGAUGGACUUGAAGAAAAAGGAUGAAGUGUUUGAUGAAACUGAUGCAGUCCAGGAGGACCCCCUAGCAUAUGCCCGUCGCUAUCAUCGCCAAUAUUCGUCACAAAGAAGGGAUGCAGAUUCGCCGUGGGAGAAAUCGGAGGUUCCAGAACAUGUCGUGGCAUGGCUUCAUGUGGAAGCUUACGAAUCGCUGAAGUACCUACAUGACAUGAAGGUAUUGAAGAAGAGUGAAAAAGGACUGUUUUCGACCAUCUUGGCCUUUGUUGCUCAAUCUGUGGCAAGCUUAACAUAUCAGGAGCUGAAGAAGACAAAUAAUAUACUGACUAUUUUCAAAGCCUCAACUCUCCUAGAAGGAUUUAUCACCAUAUCUGAGAUUCUUUACAAAACCAUCAACUAUAACCUCGCCCCAGGUGUCUUGGACCUACGCCUUUAUAUAGAGUACUACGCUAGUAAGGUAAAGACUCUGUCGAAUUUUGAUUACGAUUACCCAGAGUUUGCAGAGAUAGUAUUGUUGUUGACAUGUGUUGUUGAUGAUCACAAGCAGAGUAAAAAGUCUGCGGGCGUCGGUGGAAGGAUGCAUAAGGGCUUUGACGCGACGGAUGGUGACGAGGCUGAUGGAGCUGGAGAUGAGGUAGUUGAUAAGGUGGACGAGGUUGAGGUUGCGUUAGAUUCCAAGGAUAUGCAGAAGCUUGGUGCAUAUCUGGACAACCUGCCCCUGGCUAACACCAUCGUUGAACUACCCAAGAUCUUAGAUGUGGAGGAUGAGGAAGGCCUAAGUGACGAUGAGGAAUCGGAGGAAAAAAAAGACGCUUGACGCUGGAGGACUUUUAUAGGGGACCAUCGCCAGGAGAAGGGGGGUUAAAUUGGCCAUCUUUUGGUGACUUAUAGGCCACAAGGUCAUUUGAUUCACCCCUAAAUAUAUUCCUCGUACAUUUAUGUACAAGCAUGAUUAGUUUUGAAGUACUGAGAGAUGGGAGAGAUCCCUAUCGGCAGCUUUGGAUAACUUUAUCUUGCCUGCCUUGCUGCUGCCUAUAUUGUCCCUUUAAGACCUGAUUUGUGGUCAACAUGCCCAUUGAUGUGUCAGCCAUGGGACUAUGCCACUUUCCUUUAAAUAUCACUGACCAAUUUUGUUAGUACUAUAUUCAUUAGUGUGUUGCUUUGUAGUAUAUUUGAUGAGAUUUACAUCCCAGAUCCUAUUUGUUGCAUGAUAUUUAAUAUUAUUAUAAAAUCAUGAUAAUAAUUUAUUAUCAUAGCAUAAUUAUGAUAACCAAGUUUACUUAAUUUUAUCCAAAAGGCUGCUUCAAUGUUUUAGUUUGUGUCCAUAUAUUUAUGUUAUGUAGUGCCAUUGUAGUGGAAUUCUAUGCUGAAAGGACAUACUCCAUUUCAUGAAAAAAUUGCCCCUCUUGUUAACAAGCCUAAAAUGACUUGGAAAAGUUUUCAGUAUUUAGAGUGAGUAUUUUUAGAUACUUUGGAUAUUGACGUUUCGGAUGGAUAAAUUUUUUUUCAAGUAUUUCAUUUUCAGAGCAGGUGCGAGUCACUCAAAAUCAGUGUGCCUUUUUUUUUGAAAUGGAGUUUGAAACCUCAGGAUAGUCCAAUUGUAUUAAUUGUUUGUUUUACAGUAAUAUAUAGAGGUUCUUCACUGAUGUCACAAGAUGACGUUGCCAAUUGUAUUGCACGGCCAUCUUGGCCGUCACACGUGGUCACGACGUAAAGGAAAUGCAUUGGCAGGUGGCCGUCAAAACGUGACGUCGUGACGUCACGUGAAGAACCUCUAUCGUAUAGUUUAGAAAUUAGGUUACAAAUUUGUGCUUCAUAUCACAUAAAUGCAUUUUCUUUACCUGAUUAUCCGUGCCAUUUCGUUCCUUGAAUCUGCUUUAACCCUUUAGCUAAUGUACGGCCAAUUUCGGCCGCUAUAAAAAUUCUAUAUCCCUGUAUGGCCAAUCUCGGCCAGCUCUACAGGGUGGCCCAGAAUUAUUUUCCUUUGGACAAUAGAAGUCUAUUGUGUAUCCUUUGUGUGUGGGAAAAUAAUUCUGGGCCGGCCCACCUCGUAGACAUCGAUUUCAGAUGACUUGUAGAUACAUCUGUUAAUAAAAUUUGGUACUAGAACCUCAUUUCCAGGUGACUUAUGAUCAAAGGCGUUGAAUGCAUGCAAAAUGUCCAUAUGGUGCUGGGCAAAGUUUGGCCGAAUUUGUCACUUGAUCCUUGGGCCGAGCUACGUUUAUUCGCAUGCUUCAGGGAAAUACAGGAAAUGUAUCAAAAAUCUUCAGUAGCUAAAGGGUUAAUGCAUAUUUUUUAAGCGAUUACAAGAGACUACUUCACCUCGAAGACUCAAAUGAUGAUUUUAUUUUAAAAUUUGUUCGAGAUUUAUAACAUUUUAUAUGAAAAUUCAUUGUUCAGGUGGACUCCAUUCCUGGUGCUUCUCAAUUUAACAAAAAACAAUUUUAUCUUUGAAAUGAAAUGUAUGUUUUCUGUGCUUCUAUUUAUACUAAUAAUGGUAAAUAAACAGCUGUUGUUCCUUGAUAUGACA